AUGAUUAAAUUAGAUGACGGAGACAAAGGUGAGAUCAAAUAUAUGGAACAAUUGAGUGAAUAUUCAAUGUAUGAAGAUUCAGUGAGUUUGGUGAUCAAAGGCCAUGAUAUUGAGCUAGAAAAAAUCAACACAAUUAUGAAAACCAUAGAUCUCUCAAGCAACCAUUUUGAAGGUGUCAUUCCAAAAAUACUAAAGGAUCUUGGCUCACUUCGGUUACUCAAUUUAUCACGUAACAAUCUCAAAGGUGAUAUUCCAAUGGAACUGGGGCAAUUGAAUGUGCUUGAAGCAAUGGAUCUGUCCUGGAAUCGGCUCACUGGAAAUAUUCCUACUGAAUUGACAAGACUAAAAUUUCUAGCAGUCUUAAACCUCUCUCAGAAUGUUCUUGUCGGUCCAAUUCCUCAAGGUCUACAAUUCAACACAUUUGCAAAUGACUCGUAUGGUGGCAACCUUGAUUUAUGUGGUCUUCCUUUAUCAAAGAAAUGUGGAAUGAGUGGUUCAUCACAUGUUCCUCAACCAUCGGAGUCGUAUUUCUUUAGUGGAUUUACGUGGGAAUCAAGGCUACAGUUGUGGACUAGUUGUUGGAACUGUCAUGUGGAGCCUCAUGUUUAA